GAGCUUGCCCUGAGUACCGAAGCGGUGUCUCAUGAUAUUUUGUGUUCAUAUUUUUUGAUGAACGUAGCUAGCAAAGUUGCUGCCUGGUACAAAAGAUUUUGGGUUUGGAAACACCAGAUGAACAUAUGGAUCUCAAACCUGGAAGGGUCCACUCCGACCGUGGAUCGGCUCCAUGUGACUUCGCGACUUCCCCACCUUUCCAAACACGCGCCAAAGUCAAUCCACUGUCAACCCACCCCAGCCCUCAUUCAACGCUAUGAAAAUGCCACGAACGGAAGAAGCAGAAGCCUUCUACCACGCAGUAUACAGUGCGAUUCAAGAGAUCCCAUAUGGAAAAGUAACUACUUAUGGCCAUAUUGGGCGAUUGAUAGGGACUCGUAAGUCAACCACCAACCUUUAGAAACAAACAUGCAUAAGUCAUAUUUGGAUCAAUUUUCAAAUCCCCUUAAGACUACUAUUAUGAAAAGAAAGACAAUGAAUCCCCAAGCAGCUCAAAGACCCCGUCAAGUAGGCGUCUGCCUUAAACACCUCCCCUCCGACCCGACUUUGCCACAUCACAACAACAAUGUCCCCUGGCAACGAGUCAUAAACUCCAAAGGCACAAUUUCACCACGGUAUUUUCAUUCUCCUUCCCCUUCCCCCUCUUUCCCACCAAUAAAAGAAUUCACAAAAAACAAAACUAAUAAGACCUCAGCAACCCAAACGGCGCAGCAAACCAAGCACAAGCCUUGGGAACAGAAGGCGUGACGGUUACCACCAAUGCCAUAGGAGAGUUCAGUAUCAAUCUUGCAGAAUACGGAUGGUUUCCUAGACAAUUGCCUAGUGAAGAGGCAGCUGGGUUGGAACCUUAUGCUUUUAGCGAUGAUGAGGAUGAAGAAUAAUACCGUAUUUUGCUCGUAAAGAUGUUUUACUUAUUCGAGAUUCUACGGAGUGGUAAAGACGUAAAUGGGUUUUCGCUCUUGGCGAUCGAUUGUGAAGGAGUGUGUACUGUACCCACUAUCUCCACCUAUCUUUCAUCGGCUAGAGCUUAGCUUGGGAGCUUGGCGUAGAGUCUGAGAAUCAGCGAUCAGCUAGCUGUUCUUCUUGUUCUAAACGGGAUUUUUUUGUUGGUCGUGAGAUUUAGAUUUUAUCAAUCACUGAUCGCAGCUCCC